GGGCUCCUGCUCCCGGGAGCCCCGCAAACCCCGCUCCGCCCGCGCCCCGCACAGCACCGAGGCUCCCGGCCCGGUCCGCCCCGCUGCCCCUCCCCGGGGCCAUGGGGGCACCCCCGGGCUACCGACCCUCUGCCUGGGUGCAUCUCCUCCACCAGCUGCCCCGCGCCGACUUCCAGCUCCGCCCGGUGCCCAGCGGCUUUGCUCCCCGCGACCAAGAGUACCAGCAGUUCAGAGAGCAGCAGCAAGUCCUUGGGGCAUGUUUCAUUUCAAUUGCCAUGCAGCUGAGAAGGAACUUCUUGUCUGGGACAUGGAAGUGCCCUCUGAGGCUUCUCAACACCUCUUCCUCAGGCCCUGCUGCUGGUGGCAGCCUUGGCUGGGCUUGGUUUAGGCCUGAGCCUCAUCUUCAUCGCUGUCUACCUCAUCCGCUUCUGCUGCUGCAGGCCUCCAGAACCCCAUGGGGCCAAGAGUCCCCCACCCGGAGGAGGUUGCGUCACCUGGAGCUGCAUUGCUGCCCUUCUCGUGGGCUGUGCCGGCAUUGGCAUUGGUUUCUAUGGUAACAGCGAGACCAGCGAUGGGGUGUCCCAGCUCAGCUCAGCACUGCUGCACGCCAACCACACGCUCAGCACCAUCGAUGACGUGGUGCUGGAAACGGUGGAGAGGCUGGGUGAGGCAGUGAAGACGGAGCUGACCACCCUGGAGGAAGUGCUGUCAGUCCGCAUGGAGCUGGUGGCUGCCACCAGGGGAGCCCGAAGGCAGGCUGAAGCUGCUGCUCAGUACCUGCAAGGACUGGCCUUCUGGCAAGGAGUGUCCCUGAGCCCCGUACAGGUGGCUGAAGAUGUGACUUUCGUGGAGGAGUACAGGUGGCUGGCCUAUGUCCUCCUGCUGCUCUUGGUGCUUCUGGUUUGUCUCUUCACCCUCCUGGGCCUGGCAAAGCAGAGCAAAUGGCUGGUGGUUGUGAUGACUGCCAUGAGUCUCCUGGUGCUUGUCCUGAGCUGGGGUUCUAUGGGCCUAGAGGCUGCCACAGCUGUGGGCCUCAGUGACUUCUGCUCCAACCCAGACACCUAUGUGCUGAACCUGACCCAGGAGGAGACAGGGCUCAGCUCAGACAUCCUCAGCUAUUAUUUCCUGUGCAACCAGGCGGUCUCCAACCCCUUCCAACAGAGGCUGACGCUGUCCCAGCGUGCUCUAGCCAGCAUCCACUCUCAGCUGCAGGGCCUGGAGCGGGAAGCUAUCCCUCAAUUUUCUGCUGCACAGAAGCCCUUGUUAUCCUUGGAGGAGACACUGAAUGUGACAGAAAGAAGCUUCCACCAGUUGGUGGCGCUGCUGCACUGCCGCAGUCUGCACAAGGACUAUGGCUCAGCACUCCGAGGCCUGUGUGAAGAUGCCCUAGAGGGCCUACUGUUCCUGAUGCUCUUUUCUCUCCUGUCUGCGGGGGCCCUAGCCACCACUCUGUGCAGCCUGCCCCGCGCCUGGGCCCUCUUCCCACCCAGUGAUGACUACGAUGACACAGAUGACGAUGACCCUUUCAACCCUCAGGAAUCCAAACGCUUUGUGCAGUGGCAGUCUUCCAUCUGAGCCUCCCCUCCAGUCUGGAGCCUGCCUCUCCUCUAUGGCUCAGCACUGCAUUGCUUCUAUAAGUAACAUGUGAAUCCUGACAAGGGGGAAGAAGCAGAUACCGGAAGAGAAUAAGCCUAGCACUAAAUCUAAACAGGCGUGCAGCCACAGGAACAGUCAAGCUUCCAGUCCCGUGGAAUGUACAAAGCCUGCUGGGUUUAGGAAAGGCGUGGAAUCAACUUGCUUCCUAGCAGCUCACACCCAGCACAAGACUCCAGAAAACCAACGCUUGUAUCAGAAUAGGGACAGAAGUCUUCGAAGAGAAAGUAGAAUAUUUGCUUGUAGUGCCACCAGGGUGAUAUGAAGGGGGAAGGUUUAAGGAAGAUAUUAUAAAUCCAGGCAGGAAAAGAUGAGGCACUCAAUAAGUUAUCAAGUAAAAACAAACAUGGCAGAGUCAAAAGGGAAAUUUAUUGUCUGGGGAACAAUAUGUAUGUAGUUCUCAUUUGUUUAAAAAACAAAUAGCAUACAUGGCAAAGAAAAACGUGGUUAAUACAUAAACAUAAUUCAAAAAGCUUCUAUUAUCUAACAAAAAAGACCUCAAUUUAAUAAUAAGUAACUGAGAAAAACAAAAACCCCAAAACAAAUGGAUAAAAUUGUCUUUUUUGUCUUUGUUGUUGUUGUUUUGGAGACAGGGUUUCUCUGUGAAACAGCCCUGGGCUGUCCUGGAACUCUCUUUGUAGACCAGGCUGGCCUUGAACUCACAGAGAAGAGCCUGCCUCAGCCUCUGCCUCCCUAGUGAGGAGAUUAACGGCGUGUGACGGCGUGUAUCACCACACCCAACUAAAGUGUUCAAAUUCUAAUGAUUAGCAAACACAAUGUGCUACUUUCCCCUUUCGAGUACCUAUUUGUUGUGGGAUUUAGAGUGGAGUGUGGGCUGGUGCUGGUCUGGAGGCCCAGGGAACAGGUUCUCUAAAUAUGCUGCCCAGAGACUGUGAAUCACCAGCUAUGUGAAAAUAAUAAUAAACAAAACAAAUAAACAAACAUAAAUAUGCUUACAUGUGAGAGGAUAAAAACUGCAUCUCUUAUCCUGGUAAUCCUUUGAGGGACCAGCUUCCAGAAAGAAAUAAACAAGCAACCCCUGGCUCAGUUAAACGCUGGAGACAAAACUAAUCUGCCACAGUGGGACUCUUCCCAAAGACCAGCAGCUCUGUAGGGGAGAUGGCAGAGCAGGGUCCUCAAGUGACUACAGAAGCACCAGGGGUAUCCCUGGUUCUUGCACAAUGCUGGUUUGGAUUCCUAUGGGUCCUAGUCCUGGCACCUCAGUGUUAAUGUAAGCAAGUUAUUUGACUCACUGAACCUCUUUUUUUGGUUUUUCAAGACAGGGUUUCUCUGUGUAGCCCUGGCUGUCCUGGAACUCACUCUGUAGACAAGGCUGGCCUCGAACUCAGAAACCCACCUGCCUCUUCCUCCCAAGUGCUGGGAUUAAAGGCGUGGGCCACCACUGCCCAGUUUUUUUUUUUUUUUUUUUGUUGUUGUUGUUGUUGUUUUGGUUUGGUUUAGUUUGGUUUGGCUUUUUGUUUUGUUUUUUUGAACCUCAGUUGUGUGGUAAAGCAAAUGGGCAUCAUAAACCCAAUAAACAGCUCUUGACAGGAUGGGUAAAAAAGCAAGACAAAUGCAACAUGAUGCUCUGGGUUACGCUAUGGCGCACCGGAAACAUUAGUGAGAAAAAGCGCCCACAUCUGCGGCUUAGUUCAGAAUAUUAGAGCAAUGUCAAUUUCUUACUUUUAACAAAUGAAUUUGAGGUGUGGAAUCUAGCAAUAGGGGAAACUGGGCAUAGUGUGCCCAAUUCCUGUAUUACUUUUGUAAUUUCUGUAAACUUAAAAUUUAUUCUAAAAUAAAAGUUCAUUAUAAAAAA